AUGAUGUUUGGCAUUGCCAUUAUGUUUACCAUACGCAAAAAGAUUAAAAAAGGUAUUGAGCCGAGUACUAUUUCCCUUUAUUUGCUUCUCUUGGAUCCUGUCAUGACGGCGUACAUAGUGUACCUUCUGUGGGAGAUAAUUUGGAUAUGCUGUCUGUUGUGGCGCUACACUGAGUCUAGCACCGGCGAUCCAUGUCGGGAUCAUCAGAACGCGCAGGUCCUUUUUUUUCUUGCCUAUUUUUUAAUAGGGACAUUCGCUUUCAUUUUUACAUUCGCGACGGAAUGGUUUGCAAUGCCGCGGUGGCGCGAGCGAGCGCAUAAUAACUGGGUUAUGAGGCAACGACAGGCAAUGACAACCCAAAGCUACAUUCCGAUGAAUCAUGCUAGUAGCAAUGAUAUUCAGGAUACAAGAUUAUCGAGAAAUACGAAUGGAAGCAUCUAUUACCAUCGCGAGGCGUUACCCACAGUAGGAUUGUCGCGCUCGAAACACGAGCGCUGGGAGGAGGUCGCCCACGACUACUCCACGUUGAACGAAACAAUCUCUACUGCUGUUUCCAGCAUGCGAGAGGGAGCUGCUUCUGCAGCGGUGGUCGCCGCUCCCCUCACGCCAAGGUCGGUCUCCUCGACGUAUUCGAGGGCGAGUGCGGGCAGACUAUUAGCGCCUCCUCCCUCCUCCACUUGGCGAGCUGAUCCCGCCGCAUCACCAGCACAAGCAAAGGAAUGA